AGAGGCUGCUGAAAGGAAAAGCCCCGAGUGGCCGCCCCGCUUGCCGGCGUCGCACUCGAGCUGCGUGCAAGGCUUGGCCCGCAGAUCGCAAGGGCGCCUAUCAGCACAGUCGCCGCCAAGAGACACUUUUCGUCCCUUCUUCUCUCUCAACUCUCCCGGUUCUUCCGAUCACCAUCGCCGCCGCAAUUAAUUGACACCCCACCCUCCAGCCCUCCGCUUUCCCUUUCCUGAGCUGGGAUGACUCUGUCGGGCAACCUGAGCGCCAACGACAUGUCCGGCCAGACGGUGCUGACGGCGGAAGAUGUGGACAUCGACGUGGUGGGCGAGGGGGACGACUGCCUGGAGGAGCGGGACGGCGGCGGCGGCAGCGACCUGGAGGCCGGCGGGAGCCCCGGCGGCGGGUUGGCUAGGUUGCCCGCCUCGCUGGCUUUGGACGAGGCGGCCGAGCUGCUGUUGGCCAAAGAAGCGGCAGAGAUGAGCUCGGGCAGCAGCAGCAGCAGCAUCGGCGGCGGCGGGAGUCCCGUCGAGGAAAAGGGAAGCGAGGAGGGCUCGGCGCCGGGCGCGCCGUCCGGGGCGGCGGCGGCGGCGGCGAGCGCUGCGGCUGCUGCCUCCAGCGGCGGCAAGCCCAAAAGCAGCCUGGUGAAGCCGCCCUAUUCCUACAUCGCGCUGAUCACCAUGGCCAUCCUGCAGAGCCCGCAGAAGAAACUGACGCUGAGCGGCAUCUGCGAGUUCAUCAGCAACCGCUUCCCUUACUACCGGGAGAAGUUCCCGGCCUGGCAGAACUCCAUCCGCCACAACCUCUCGCUCAACGACUGCUUCGUCAAGAUCCCCCGCGAGCCGGGCAACCCGGGCAAGGGCAACUACUGGACGCUGGACCCGCAGUCCGAGGACAUGUUCGACAACGGCUCCUUCCUGCGGCGCCGCAAGCGCUUCAAGCGGCACCAGCAGGAGCAGUUGCGCGAGCAGACGGCGCUCAUGAUGCACAGCUUCGGCGCCUACAGCCUGGCCGCCGCCGCCGCCGCGGCCGCCGCCUCUUCGUCGGGCCCCUACGGCCGAGCCUACGGCCUGCCCCACGGCGCCUACCCGCACCCGGCCGCCUUGCAGUACCCUUACAUCCCGCCCGUCGGACCCAUGCUGCCGCCCGCCGUGCCCCUUCUGCCGUCGGGCGAGUUGAGCCGGAAAGCCUUCAACGCCCAGCUCAGCCCCAGCCUCCAGCUGCAUCUCAGCGGGCUCGGGGCGAUGGCCGGUUCGGGCCCUGCGGCCGGCGGGGUCAAAGCCGAGCCCAGCGGCCGGCCUUCCUUCAGCAUCGAGAAUAUCAUCGGGGCGAGCGCCGGGCCGGCCGCCAGCUCUGCCUCGGCCGUCAGCGCCCAGACGUUCCUCCGGCCGCCGGUCACCGCGCAGUCGGGCUUGCUGGCCCACCAGCCGCUCUCGCUGGCCAGGACCACGGCGGCCAUCGCGCCCAUCCUCAGCGUGCCUACAAACAUUCUCUCCGGACAGUUCCUGCAACCCGCCGCUUCGGCCGGUGCGGUCCAGGCCAAGUGGCCGGCGCAGUAGCUCGGCGGGCGAGCGCGGGACCCGCUCUCCCUUCUUUCUUUUCUUCCUUCCUUCUUUCUUUCCUUCCUUCUCUUCCUCUCUCCUCCCUUCGCCUUUUUCUGAGCUCCUGCGAAGAAUCGAGGGUAGUGGUGGUGGUUCCUGGCCGCCUCCCGCUUCGCCAACAGACUCCUUUCUCGCCACGACCCUCUGAGGACUCGAUCGGCUCCAGAGGCCGCAUCUUCUCUGCCUUAGUCCGUGGCCUUCGCGGUGUAAACCCGGAGGCUUCGGAGCCCCAAACAAGGCUGGCAAAACGCAUAGGAAAGAAGGGUUCGGACGCUGCAGGUAAAGCUGACACGCAACCCGCGGCGACCUGUUUCUUCGAUAUUUGUAGUUGGGAGGCGAGAGGCAAUGACGGACUUUCCUUUGCAGUUUUUAAUUUUAUUUUUUUAAUGGUCCAUAUUUGGCAAAAAAAAAAAAAAAGAAGCAAAAGCAAAUAAAAAAUUCAGAGAAAAAAGGGAAAACGGGAAGUCGAGAACGCUCAAGCUUAGGAGUCCCGAACUUUCACUUUUGUUGAAGGUUCUCAUUUUUCCUCCGGUAAUUUUCUUCGAAAUACAUCCAGAUUUGCAGCAAACUAUAAGGGAAGGCGUUUUAAAUAUGAAAGAACUGAGCAGGAAAAAAAAAGGGGAGAAAUACCCCUCUUAUUCUAUUAUAGAAGUCUGUUUAUAUAUGAAUGAAUAUAUGUAUUCUAAAUGUUAUUCCUUCGUGUUGUACACAGCUUUGUAAAUAAAUUUUUAAA